AUGACGACGCUUACCGUCUACUUUGCUUUAUCACCAACAUCAAUUUCAUCAUCAUCAUCAUCACCAACAUCAACAAAAAUUCAACAAUUUCAAAUGAUAUCAAAUCGUAUAAAAUCGAAACCAAUACCAGUACCAAAUGUAACAUUACCUAGUCCAUCAUCAACAUCAUCAUUUCCUACACCACCUGAAAAACAAACAUUAUCAAGAAGAAAUAAAACAUUUUUCGAAAGAUUUAAUCAAAUAUCAUCAACAUCAUUAUCACAACAACAACAGCAACAAAAUGAGUUAUCAAAUCCAUCAAGUGAUCCACAACCACGUUUACGUCGACGAUUUACAUUUCGUCGUAGUCUACGACAAUCUAUGCAUAACAAAAAAGGGAGAGAUAUUGAUGAUGGAAUAAGUUUCGAUGUGGAUGGUUCAUCAUCAUCACGUGGUAUUCUCAAUUCUCAUCAUAAUAUAUCAACAUCACCACAUUUUCAUCAACAUGGUGUACCAAAUGCAGUUAAUAAAACAACAACAACAGCAACAGCAACAAACAGUACCAGUGGAGUUCUUAGACGCGAAUCAUUUUUAUAUAAGUGUGAUAGUGAUAAUGAUCUUUCACCGAAAUGUAUCUCGCGUAAUCCGUCGAUCGGAUCAGAACUACUUGGUUCUAAACUAUCGAGCAAGCAUCAGGAUGAUAUGAUCGUUACACCAUUUGCUCAGCUUCUUGCCAGUCUUAAAAAUGUACGAAAAAACUUUGUUGAUCUUACUCAUAUACCACCAGAAAGAGCGAAGAGAACAAGUCAACUUAAUAGUGCACAAGCAGCUAUACCUAAUUUUAAUAGAACGAUAACAACACCACUAGAUGAUAGUUCAUUAUCACAAGCUAUAUCUACAUUAGAAGAACUUGAUUGGUGUUUAGAACAAUUAGAAACGAUGCAAACACAUAAAUCCGUUUCUGAUUUAGCCUCGCUCAAAUUUAAGCGUAUGCUCAAUAAAGAAUUAUCCCAUUUUGCUGAAAAUAAUAAAUCCGGAGCACAAAUUAGUGAUUAUCUAUAUUCGACUUAUACAGACAAAAAAGAACCCGACGUUGAUUUAUCACGUGGUUUACAACUAGAUGAAUUGACAACAGUUACAACAACAAAAACACUUGAUACAUCAACAUCAUCAGCUACAUUAAUGGGUCAAAUAGCUGGUAUACAUACAACAAAAUUUGCAGUAACAAGUCCAAUACCUGAGUUAGGUGUUGAAACACCAUAUGUUGACGAUUUACGUUUAUUACUUGAUCAUAUUAAUGAUUGGGGUUUAGAUACAUUUCGUAUUGAAGAUUUAAGUGGACAACGACCAUUAACAGUAAUAACAUAUCGAAUAUUUCAAGAACGUUCACUUUUAAGAACAUAUGGUAUUGAAUCACAUACAUUAAUAUCGUAUUUACUUGCACUUGAAGAUCAUUAUCAAUUAGUACCAUAUCAUAAUAAAGCUCAUGGAGCUGAUGUUUGUCAAUCAAUGCAUGUAUUGCUCAAUGCUUCAGCACUUGAUGGUGUAUUUACUGAAUUAGAAAUAAUGUCAGCAAUAUUUGCAUCGGCAGUACAUGAUGUUGAUCAUCCCGGUGUAACGAAUCAAUUUUUAAUAAAUACAAAAAAUGAUUUAGCCUUAAUGUAUAAUGAUGAAAGUGUCCUUGAAAAUCAUCACUUAGCUGUAGCAUUUAAAUUAUUACAAGCUGAUGAAAGAAAUAUAUUUUCGCAUUUAACAGCUAAACAAAUAAAAACUCUACGAAAAAUGGUUAUCGAUAUGGUUUUAGCAACAGAUAUGUCAAAACAUAUGCAAUUAUUAGCCGAUUUAAAAACAAUGGUUGAAUCAAAAAAAGUUACAGGAAAUAAUAUAAUUAUGCUUGAAUCAUAUGAUGAUAGAAUUCAAGUACUUCAAAAUAUGAUUCAUUGUGCUGAUUUAUCAAAUCCAACUAAACCAUUAGAUAUUUAUAUAAAAUGGACUGAUCGUAUAAUGGAAGAAUUUUGGAGUCAAGGUGAUAAAGAACGUGAUCUUGGAAUAGAAAUUUCACCUAUGUGUGAUAAACGUGUAGCUAGUGUUGAAAAACAUCAAGUUGGCUUUAUUGAAUUUAUUGUACAUCCAUUAUGGGAAACAUGGGCCGAUUUAGUUUAUCCAGAUGCUAGUGCUAUUUUAGAAACACUAGAACAAAAUCGAGAUUGGUACCAAGCUCGUCUAUCACCUCCUUCAUCAUCAUCUACAACGACAAAUCUAUCAAAUUCCUCUCCUCCACUUUCAGCACCAAUGAUAACAACAACAAUGUUAUCAUCAAAUGAAGAAGACUCAUUACAACCUAUAUCAUCCUCAUCAUCAUUGUUAACUCCCAUGUCAGUUGAUGCCGUUAUAUCAACUCCAGUAAAUAUGAUGUCAACCGGUGAUCAACUCAUUCCCACAUCUGCUGCUGUUUUAUCUUCGCCUUCGUCAUCAAUUACUCGGACAGGAACAUCGACAACUGCCAGUGGUGGUAAUGCUGGUGAAUUUCAAAUGACGGUGACACCAGCCACAUCCUGA